AUGAUUGAUCACCUUUUAGGAAGGCCUUCUCCCUCUUGGAAACGUUUUCAAGUAUUUUUAGUAUCCUUUGUCUGGUUUUUGUACCUACACAAAGCAGAUAGCAGAGGUCCUAAAUUUUGUCGAAAUUUGAAUGAGAAACUCUGUCGGUUUACUCCUUUUCAAUUAAUUGCUGGUACUUUGACAGUCUUAUAUAUGCUAAAGAAUGCUGACCGCAUGAUAGGACUUGGUGCACCUGAACCACUUUCCCGACUUUACAGUCGUAAUUUUUAUCGUGCAACAUGGAUUUUAACCGCACUUGAUGCCGGAUUUUGGACUGCAAUGUCGAUUCGUCCUAAAUUUCUCAGGGAUAUAAUGUCCAUAGUUUUUUCUAUAUACUAUUUGAUUUUUGCUGAUCAGGCAGACGAAAAGGCUCGAAGAAUACGCGCUACAAUAACUGUCGAGUGUCUACGAGUUUCUUGGGAAAAGACACUUAAUCCGAUAUUACGUGCUGCGAUCAAGUUAUUGAGUCCACGUUUGACUAUAUGCCAAAAAAAAAUUCUUAUUCCUCGUCCAAAAAAUAAUCCUCAUGGUUCACAACCAGUUGUAGGUUAUAUUUACUAUGAUGGUACACAAGAGUCAUUCGAAAAUAGUGAUAAACUUAUACUCGAUUUUCCAGGAGGUGGUUUUAUUACGAUGCCCCCUCCUUGCCAUGAGGAUUAUUUAUGUCAUUGGGCAAAAAAGACUCAUGUCCCUAUUUUGAGUAUAGACUAUGCGAAAGCACCAGAGUUUCCAUACCCUUAUGCUUUGGAGGAAUGUUUUGAUGUUUAUCAAAGUAUUAUGGAAAGUAACGGUGAAGCUAUAGGUAUGUCUGGAUGGACAAAUAAAGAUGGCAGCAAAAGGAAACAAAUUAAAAUUGUAAUGGUCGGAGAUUCUGCUGGCGGAAAUAUUGUAACAUCGGUAAUGUUCAAAAUACUUGAAUCUCCAACGCCCCUUCCGCAUCCUAAUGCUUUAAUUCUUAUUUAUCCUUGUUUGAAUUUUGACAUUACAUGUUGGAUGUCACCGUCUCAACUUUCUGUUAUAAGAGCAGAAUCUACUCCUUCCAUUCAUGGAUUAUUAGAAUCUAAAGAUCAUUUACGACAUAAAAGUCCUUUGGCUGUAGUACCAGAUAUUAAAAAAAAGAGAAGAUGGAGUAGAGGUUUUUCUGGAUCGAGAGAAGACGAAAAGACAAUUGAAGAAAGAGUUAAAUAUAUUGAUGGUCGUGAUAUGACUCGACAUCUCAAUGAAAGAAAUUCUCGUCCUAUAAUAGGAACACGAUUGGCAAUGACGAGUCGUAUGAGUUAUUUUAAUGACAGGAUUCUUAAUCCUGACCUGAUGCGGGCAAUGGCCAUUCUUUAUCUUGGUCCUAAUAAUUGUCCUGAUUUCACCUCGGAUUAUUUGCUAUCUCCUAUUGUUGGACCUGAUGAAUUGUUGGCACAAUUUCCAAAAGUUUAUCUUAUGUGUGGAGAAAAAGAUCCUUUGGUAGAUGAUACUGUUGUAUUUGCGGGACGUAUAAGAGAAGCCAAGAUGAGGAAAAAACAGAACAGUGCUAAGUUUGGAGAAAAUUUAAGAAUGAGUAGCGUAGACAAGUCUGAUGAUACUGAUGAUUGGGUAGAAGUAAAAAUCCUUCAAGGCAUUAGUCACGCGUUUUUACAAAUGUUGGCAUUAUUGCCAGAGAGUUCAGGCGCUGUAAGAGUUAUUGCAAGAUGGUUAUCUCAAAGUUUAGAAAAAGCACCAGAUUCGAAAGUUGAAAAUGAAAGGAUUGCACAUGACGAUGAAGAAGGGUUGAUGUUUUCGUCUCGACCUUCUACAAUAAAUGACAUAACCAAAACUCAACGGAAUGGAAGGAGAAAUAUUUCUCCUCUUGAAAUUUCUCAUCAUCCUUCUACAUCACCAAAGUCAAGUAUCCAUGUUUCACAUUCGCUCUCAGAUAUUACUGAAAAUUCACAUAAACUAUCAUCUCCAAUGCACACUUCCACAUCUGAAGUUGUAUUGUCUCCUGUAAACGAACGUGAAUGUGUUUUGUGGGAGCAACAAAAUAUUCUUAAUGAAGAUCAAAUUUUAAAGAGAAGACGAGAUACUUUAAUAUCUCAUCUAAAAGAGGGAACAGCAGUAACUAGUCAAGAAAAUACGGAAACGAAAAAAUAG